AUGCGCCUCAAAAUCGCACACGCUCCCUCCCUCAUGUCAUCCAUCCUGUUUCCCUCCCUCAUGUCAUCCAUCCUGUUUCCCUCCCUCAUGUCAUCCAUCCUGUUUCCCUCCCUCAUGUCAUCCAUCCUGUUUCCCUCCCUCAUGUCAUCCAUCCUGUUUCCCUCCCUCAUGUCAUCCAUCCUGUUUCCUUCCCUCAUGUCAUCCAUCCUGUUUCCCUCCCUUCCUCCUCUUUUCCACCCUUCCCGCUGCACCCUUCCUGUCUUCUCUCAACAAAACAGAAUCCCGCUCCUCGACCCACCCUUCCCUCACUCCCCUUUUCCCCCUCCCCCCCCCCCCCGCCACUUUUUCCCCCCUUUGCUCCUGCCCUCAGCACACUCGUCACGACGGACGACGAGAGCAUUGCUAGCUGCUUUUGAGUCGACUCAGAAGUCCCCUCCCCUCGCUCCCCUCGCUCCCCUGCUGCUCCCCUCGCUCCCCUGCUGCUCCCCUCACUCCCCUGCUGCUCCCCUCGCUCCCCUGCUGCUCCCCUCGCUCCCCUGCUGCUCCCCUCCCCCCCCUCUCCCCUCCCACUGCAGUGGUUCGGAGCGGUGUGCCGAGGCAGUGGAGAGGCUCAAGGGGCAGUGGGACGUGGUGGUCAACAUUCAGGGUGACGAGCCUCUCAUCGGACCCGGCCACGAUAGAUGCCGUGGCGGGGAUGCUGAUGGGACAGUGGGGGAGCUCAAGGGGCAGUGGGAUGUGGUGGUGAACAUUCAAGGCGACGAGCCUCUUAUCGACCCGGCCACGAUUGAUGCCGUGGUUAUAGCAUUACAGGUGAGUGGUGGUGAGGAGCAGAGAGGUAGGGUCCUCACAGCAAUUGCAUUGCAUGUUGCGUGCAUGGUCGAGGAGGCUUUGCACUCUACUUCUCACGAGCGCUCAUUCCCCACAACAGGUGGGCUGUCAGCAGCAUGUGAACAACAGGUGAGUGGUGGUGAGGUGAGGAGCAGGGAAGUAGAGGCCUCCCAGCACUUGCGUGUUGCUUUUGAGUCGACUCAAAAGGGACGGUGUGCCUCAUCCUGGCUUCCCAUACAUGCUGCACCUGGGCCUGCAG